ACAAACAGAGACACGGACGGUAGUUUAAACGCUAUGCCUUAUUACUCUCUCUAAAAAGCUUAAAAUAUUUAUUAUUUAUUAUUAUUAUUAUUAUUAUUAUUCUCUUUGUAUAAUUAUCUUCGAAGAUGGUGGUGGUUGCAGAAGAAUGAUCGAUUUCUUAGAGAGAGAUAUAGAGAGAGAGAGAGAGAGAGAGAGGUAAAGAGGGAGAGAAGAUGGGGGCGUGUGUAUCCACGCCCGAGGGAUGCGUAGGGGUAAGAUUGAGUUCGUCAAAGAAAGUCCUCCGGAAAAGAAGGAGAGGAGGUCUAAAGAGAAGAGUGUCAUCUCGCUUGUCUAAAGCAUCAUCGGAUAAAGCUGUUGCUGCUGCUGAUAGACCUUUCUCUGCUGAUCGCUCCACCUUCUCCAACCCCACUUUUCAAGUCGGAAGCAAUGAUGAUGCCUGGUUUGAUUCAGUUGCCGUAUUUGAAUCUGACUGUGAUGAAGAUUACCAAAGUGUUCAGUCAGAUGUGUUAUCGCUUAGUGGCUUUGAAGGUGUAUCAGCAUCAAGUAACAUGUCUCACAGAGAUGCCAAUCAUGGAGACUGUAGUGUCAGAAACCAACACAACUCUUUUGUAGAUCAGAUGCAUAAACCAGGGGAUUUUUCACCACGAUAUUCUGCACAUGACUCUGUCAAUGAGGUAUCUCAGAAUUCAAGUUGUCAGGUCAUGAAUUCAGAUGACAAUGGUUCUAAACCUAAAUGUGAUGGACAUUCAACGGGUGAAGCAAAUCAACCUGUGUUCUUAGAUGAAAUCUCCUCCUCUGUCGAUGAAAAUAGUGGCAAGGAGGAAGGAAUUCUGGAUAAUUGUGGGAUUCUUCCGAGUACCUGUCUGCCUUGUCUUGCUUCUACUGUUCCUUCUGUUGAAAAGAGAAGAUCAUUAAGUUCUAGUCCACCAAGUGCAAGGAAAAAGGCUGCCUUAAAGCUUCCUUUCAAAUGGAAAGAAGGACAUGCUAUUGCCACCCUACUUUCCUCGAAGAUGCUUCUGCAAAGGCCAAUAGCUGGUUCCCAAGUACCUUUUUGCCCUAUUGAAAAGAAAAUGCUAGAUAGUUGGUCACAGAUUGAGCCAUGUACAUUUAAAGUUCGAGGUGUGAAUUACCUUAGGGACAAGAAGAAAGAAUUUGCUCCCAAUUAUGCUGCAUAUUAUCCUAUUGGUGUUGAUGUAUUCUUAUCUCCGCAAAAAAUAGAUCAUAUAGCUCGCUUUGUGAAGCUCCCUGUUAUUAAUUCUCAUGGGAAACUUCCUUCUAUCCUUGUUGUAAAUGUACAGAUUCCAUUGUAUCCCACCACAAUUUUUCAGGGCGAAACUGAUGGUGAAGGCAUGAAUUUUGUUUUGUACUUCAAGCUUUCUGACAGCUAUGCCAAGGAACUUCCUCCUCAUUUUCAAGAAAGUAUCAGGAAGUUAAUUGAUGAUGAAGUUGAAAAGGUCAAAGGUUUUCCUGUGGAUUCUAUUGCCCCCUUUAGGGAAAGACUGAAAAUAUUGGGACGUGUCGUAAAUGUGGAAGAACUUCAUUUGAGUGCAGCAGAGCGGAAGCUUAUGCAGGCGUACAAUGAAAAACCUGUUCUUUCACGUCCUCAACAUGAGUUCUACUUGGGGGAAAAUUACUUUGAGAUUGAUCUGGAUAUGCAUAGAUUCAGUUACAUCUCUAGGAAAGGAUUCGAAGCAUUCUUAGACAGACUAAAGCACUGCGUCUUGGAUGUUGGCCUUACAAUUCAGGGGAACAAAGCUGAAGAAUUGCCAGAGCAGAUCUUAUGUUGUAUACGGUUAAAUGGAAUUGACUACAUGAAUUACCACCAAUUAGGGUCGACUCUAGAACCCCUCUGAAAUUUAUAGCGCUAAAGUAAUGUAAGACUUCAAAUUCAAAACUAAUAAAGGUUAAUUUCAAGAAAAAAAAGUUCUUUAACAUCA